CCCAAACACAGAGUUAGCUAAGUAGCUGUCAGCGUUAGCUCCCCAAUCCGUUGAUAUAUCCGCUUUUCUGGAGGGACGGGCGUUACAGCUGGCUUGGUUUUGUCGGAAACAUGAGUCUAUCUCCGGCGGUUACAACUCUGUGCGAGAACUCCACGGAUGUUUUCCUGGACGCCGCCAAACUGCUGCUCACCUACGCCGAUAACAUUCUGAGGUACCCCAACGUGGAGAAGUACAGAUCCAUCCGGAUAGGUAAUCCCACUUUCUCCACUAAGCUGCUGCCCAUCAAAGGAGCUGUGGAAUGUCUCUUUGAGAUGGGCUUUGAGGAGGCUGAGACACACCUGGUCUUUCCCAAGGCAGCAUCGGUGGAGCAGCUGAGGCUCGUGAGAGAGUCCAUAGCAGCGGAGCGUGAUCAGAGGCUAAAGGGGGAGUGUCCUGUUCCGCCUGCUGCACAGCGUGUUGCCUCAGCACAGCAGAGUCCAACUGCAGCCGCUGCUCCUGCGGCUGCUCCCACUGCGGCUCCUACUCCCCCUGCAGGUGCCCCUAGCCAGCUGGCAGAGUUCUCUGCUCAGCAGCCGUCGUCUCUGGAGAGCAGCAUGAGCUUCUUCCUGAUCCUUCAGUCCAACUUUCAGCACGUGCUGCAGUAUGAGAGCCCAGAGCUGCAGCAGAAAGCUCUCAGUGUGAUUCCUCAGCAGAAGCUGUCGGACGCUGCCGGGCUCGGGCUGAACCAGGCCAGAGAGGCCGACCCAGGAUGCAAGCUGGGAACAGAAGACUUCUUGGUACUGGAGCUGCUUCGCUGGUUCAAACAGAGCUUCUUCUCCUGGGUGAACUGUCUGCCUUGCAGCCACUGUGGAGGCCCCACCCAGAACGCUGGCUCCCUCAGCCCCACCACCGACGACCUCCACUGGGGAGCUCAGCGAGUGGAAAAUCAUUUCUGCCAGAGCUGUCGGCUCUCCACCAGAUUCCCCAGAUACAACAACCCUGAGAAGCUGCUGCAGACCAGGAGAGGGCGCUGUGGAGAGUGGGCAAACUGCUUCACGUUGUGCUGCAGAGCCAUGGGUCUAGAGGCCAGGUACAUCUGGGACAGCACAGACCACGUGUGGACAGAGGUGUACUCUGCAGCUCAGCGCCGUUGGCUGCACUGUGACCCUUGCGAGAACGUCUGCGACAAGCCACUGCUGUAUGAAGUGGGCUGGGGGAAGAAGCUGGCCUACAUCUUGGCUUUCUCCAAGGACCAGGUGGUGGAUGUGACAUGGAGGUAUUCCUGCAAACACGCAGAGGUUCUGCGCAGAAGAACCAGAGUUCAGGAGGGCUGGCUGCUGCACGCCAUUGAUGGUCUCAACGCCUCGAGGCAGCAGCCUCUAAGUUCAGACAGGAAGAAAGAGCUGACCCAAAGGCUUCUGGUAGAGCUGGUGGAGUUUAUUUCUCCUAAGAAACCAAAACCAGGAGAGCUGGGGGGGCGCAACUCUGGAUCUCUGGCCUGGAGGGUUGCCCGGGGAGAGACAGGAGCGCAGGCUUCAACGCAGGCUGCAGGUUUCGUCUUCUCUCCUACUGAGACAGAAAAGGGGAACAAGCUGCUUCACGUGCGCUACAGCGCCAUCAAGGACCAAUACUGCAGAGUUUCCAAUGACAAUGAAACAAUCCCCGGGUGGGAUGGGUGCUUGUGGACUAAAGAGUCAGUCUUCAGGAAGGAGGAGUGUGACUGGCAAAUGGUGUACAUUGCUCGGACAGAAGACUCGUCUGUUGGCAGGAUCAGUUGGAAGUUUGACUUCGCUCCAGCAGGAAUGACAAUCCAGUCCGUUUCCAUCAAGGUCAGCAGCACGACCUUCCACUCUGGAAAAGUGAGGUGGCAUGUCCAGGCGGGCGACAAAAGCAAAGAAGUUCCUGGAGAUGGGACGUUGCAGGUCCUGCCUGGUCUGUGCGGCUCUCCGGAUCUUCUAGUGGAAGCAGAACUGAGUGGAGGAGAUGGGGACACCUCAUGGCAGCACGCUCAGCUCUUCAGACAAAGUUUGAAAGAUGAGGAGGGGUCUUCCUUUGAAGUAAUUGUGUCACUGCAGGAAGACUCCUGAGGACAGCUCGAUGGGAGCUGAAAGGCUCGUGGAAGCACUAUGUGUCCUCCAGGAUCAGAAGUUGUGAGAACAAAUGAAAGAUUCCUCUGCCUUUGUCUCUGUGAAACAGUUAUACCUCUGAUCUAAACGGAUUAAGAUGUUCUUCUGGAUUGUUAAUUCAGUUAAUUUAGUCACUUUAAGAUAUUCUGCUCUUAAAAAAUUAUGAAACAUACUGAAAUGGUAUGUGGUGGAGGAGGAGUGUUCCUCCCUGAAAGAGAACAUUAACCCGCAGGAGCAGCAGCCCCUUCACAUGAAGCUUCAUGGCUGUGACAGCUAACAGGCUCACAGAUCAAGCCCCGCCCCGGUGCUGCUCAUCACAGCCACACCCACCGUUCACGGUGCAACAGAGAAAGCCAUCCUGCUGUCUGCACAGUGAUUUCAGCUGGGAAUGAAGAUGUUUUUGUCUAAACCUCUUUGAGCUGCCAGGGGGCAGAGCGAAACUACAAAAGUGUGGGUCGUAAACAUACUGUCAAACUUCACUUAGUCAAAUAAAAACAUUUAUUAGUUUUUA